AUGGCUCACAGGCUUGCUGGGAUUUCUAGUUCGUCUAUAUCCCGGCUGGCGAAGGCUGUCCUAACAGAUCCCUUUGGGCGCUUUGAUCCCCCCCUUUCGUGCCCAUCUGGAAUUGGGGAGCUGCUUUUUAAGAGAAGCUGCACGGUCCUGGCUGUUGAUGAAAGUGUCGUGAGAGACGCGCGCUUCCUUCUUGACUCGUCUGGGUCCGGCUGCGCAACUAGGAGCGACCCAGGAGAGCCGAAGCCACGCGCUGGGCGGCGGGAUCCUCCGGCCUGGACGGCUGCCAGGCUGGAUCUCCCUUUCCCUGCCUGCCUGCCCCUCUCCCUCCCUCUCCGGCUCGCUGCCUCUGGGCGGGGGAUAGCCGCCCCUGGAGCUCUCCGCUCGGGCAGGAGCGCAUUUCCCCUCCAGGAUGAUCGCGACGCGCCUCCCCGGACGGUCGCCGCGGAGCAGCAGGCAGGCGCCUGGAUGGGGCCCCCCAACAAUGCCACGCCGGGGCUGCGGCUGGUGCGUAUCUCGCGUCUCCUCUUGUCCUACCUGCUUCCGAGGUUUCGCUUCCAGGGGCGGAAGGGGAAAGGGAAGGAGCCCGGGGAGGGAAGCUGGACCGGGCGGCCUCCGCCCGACAGAGAGCAAAGAGGGCUCAGGAGAGUUUGCGGUGAGGUCCUGUGUGAGCUGAGGCCUCGGUGGAGGGAUGGAAGACCAAGAUCCGAGCAGGGUCAAUGUAGGUAA